AUGUCUGGAAGCUACCAACAUCUAUCAAACGUUGCAUCACGUGUCAUGAAGCGGUUGGGAAAUCGACCCAAGAAAUUUCUUCCCCACAGUCAAAAGUUCAUUAAGAGAUCUACUCCUGAGUUCAUGAAGUCAGACUUGAAAGAAGUAGAUGAGGAAACUAGUUUUAAGAAUGAAAGAGAAUGGAAGUUUUUACCUGGCGACAGAGUAGUUGUAAUGAAGGGAGCCUCCAAGGGAAAUAUAGCGGUAAUUAAAUCAUUUGAUAAAAGAACAAAUGCCUUUAUAUUAGACGAAAAUGGCCCUACAAAGACGGUUCCUGUUCCUAAGCAAUUUUGGCUUGAAGGCCAAACUUCACACAUGAUCACAAUUCCAAUUUCAAUUUUAGGAAAAGAUUUGAGAUUGGUUGCUGACAUCGACGAUGAAAAUGCCCCAGGAAAGUCAAGAACGGUGGCAGUGAGGGAAAUAUCCUUUAAUGGUUCAUAUUAUGAUGCCGACUACAAAAAGGUAAUGCCAUACAGAUGUGUGAAGGGUCAACCAGACUUGGUCAUUCCAUGGCCAAAACCAGACCCAAUUGAUGUGCAAACAGACUUGGCCACUGAUCCUGCAAUUGCCAGAGAGCAAACUUUUUGGGUUGAUUCUGUGGUGAGAAGGCCUAUUCCAAAAGCGGCAAUACCAAGUAUUCGUAAUCCUCAUUCUAAGUAUAAAACGGGUACCUUGACAGCGAAAGAUAUAGCAAAGUUGGUAGCACCACAAAUGCCUUUAACAGAUGUAAAGAAAAGUCAAUUGGCAGAAAAAGAGCAGUUGGCUCAAAGGGAAAUACCCAAAUUAACCGAAGAAGACAUGGAAGCUAUCGGGGCGAAGGUAUUUGAAUUCUUAGAGAAACAAAAAGCAGAAUAA